UCUCCGGAUGCACAAUGGCUUCUUGAUAUGUAGUUGUGGCAGUGUGUUGUUAUUGAAAGGGUGUUGCGACCAUGUAUUUCUCAAUUGGAUGGCCAAAAUGUUUGAAGAGAGCCCAAAACAAAUCGGCAGUCAUUCGUCACAUUGUCAGCAGCUGCGAUCGAAUGUUUUUUGCUGUCAUCACGGAAAAUUCUGUGACCCUCUGGUACUCCAAGCCAUCCAUACAGAUAGUGUGUCAUAUACCAUGUCAGAGUUUCUUGGAAGAGGUGGGCCUUUUCUGUCAAGCAGAAUGGAAACCAGACUCUACAAUGAUAGCCGUGAUGACCUCCAAAAACUGUGUAGUAUUCAUACGGAAAGAACUGGACAUUUCCGUGCCCAAUCAUCAUUGUCUUUAUGUACAGCAGGAAGGAAGAGUGAUGCCCACACCUCGGCACAACAUCAAUGGCAUCUUAGACAGCGACAGCAUUCCUGCUUACAAGUUGACAGUGGUGUCACACAUCGUCCUUACAGAUAGCAUUUCGUGUUUCCUCUCUGUUCGUGAUGAACUAGUGGUAGCAACAAAAGAUGGCAACCUAAACCGUUUAAGGUGGAAUGGCAACCGCAAUGACAAGGCAACCCUACACCUCUGUGAUAUUCCUGUUUCCUCUGACCUUCAACAAUUUAGAGCAUCAAAAUUGUCGGAUUACGGCUACACAUUGGAUAUGGAGUACAGCCCAACAUUAGGGGGGUAUAGCAUGAUUCUAUCCAGUGGGAAGGCAGUUUUUGUCAUACCUCCUUCUACACGGACAGAGAAAAAGACAGCUCAUGGCGUGUGGGCUCAGGAAGUAACUAAUGCCACCUGUGUGUCAGUAAACCACCGGUACCGUCUCAUUGCCAUUGGCACUAAAAGUGGGGAAGGAUUAGUGUACAUGAUAGAUGAAGAAGUUGGAGCUUUGGAACUGUCUCACAAACUUGUCAUCUCAAGUAAAGAGUUUCCAGAUGCUGGAGCAGUGGUAGGUGCUAUCCGGUGCAUGCGGUGGACACCUGAUGGCACAGCUUUGGCAGUGGCCUGGUGCAAUGGCGGUUUGUCUCUUUGGAGUGUCUUUGGCUCUCUACUGCUUUGUACGCUUGGAGGGGAUUACAGCCGCACAAAUGAACACAAACUUUAUCCUCCACCAGUUAUGACCAUGGAAUGGGGCUUGGAAGGGUAUCAUUUAUGGGCGGUAACUAUAGAACUUUGUGAAGAAGCUGCAAGCAAGGAAUCAUCUUCAAGGAAUCGGGAAGCUGCUGAGAAUGGCACCAAGGGAGCUCAUCACUGCCAAUGUGAAAUGCUUCAGUUUCAGUUUCUGAAGAGUGCACUUACUGUUAACCCCUGUAUGUCCAAUCAUGAGCAUGUUUUCCUGCAAGGAGAAGACAAGCUGUAUAUGAGUACAGGGGACACAAUAUGGCGGGGCUCAGGGCAUACUUCAUACUGGGGAGGCAACUCAUACUCCAAUGGUAGUCAGCCAUACAUUGGUAACAAACAGUGGCAGAUUAUUCCUAUCUCCCACAGCUAUCUUGCAAGUAACUGGCCUAUCAGAUACUCUGCAGUUGACCGAGCUGGGCAGUGUGUAGCUGUUGCUGGCAAGACAGGCUUUGCACAUUAUGCACUUUUCAACCGCAAAUGGAAGCUAUUUGGCAACGAAACCCAGGAAAGAGAUAUGGUGGUGUCUGGUGGUAUUACUUGGUGGAAGGAUUUCUUGUGUCUUGCUUGCUUCAAUAUACCUGGACAGCGAGAUGAGGUGCGUUGCUAUCCACGAGGCUGUAAACUAGACAACACCUUUGCUCAGACGUGCAGAGUGCCCUCCCCUGUUCUGCUGUUGAACACUUUUCGUGAUCUGCUCAUCAUCUUCUGUGCUGACAGCCAUGUCAUCAUCUUCAGCCUAGAGCGCAAAAACACACAGCCAAAUCCCUCAGUGCUUAUCACCAAAGUUCAGGAAGUGUCAGUCAGUUCUUUUAUCCCACAUCCACUGUGUGUUGCUGGUGUCUUCCUCACUUCGCUGACCUCUGAGUCAGGGUCAAAAGUACAGCAUACCUCCAGAGAAGCUGAGUCAUUGCUGCUGAAUGUAUCUGGAAAGUUGCUGAUGUUUCAGCGUGACCGCUCUGGUCCCCAGAUACGUGACACCAAUGAUGAUCGCAAGAUUCGUUCACAGCCAUUCUGCCCCCCGUCUGUUGUUGCAACAUCUGUGGAGAACUUGUGGACCACCACACGAGCCAACCUGGGGAAAUUACAGCUUAUGGAUGCUUUGUGGUUGGGCUGUGGAGCUCAUGGCAUGAAGGUGUGGCUGCCACUCUUUCCUCGCAAUGAAGGCAAGGCCCACAACUUCAUGUCUAAGAGGAUCAUGCUUCCCUUUCGAGUGGAUAUUUACCCUCUAGCUGUCCUUUUUGAGGAUGCAGUGAUACUGGGAGCAGCAUGUGAUGCAGUGACCUACAAUGUGACCUCUCCAGGAAAUAGGCUUGAGUGUGAGAUGCCUUUUUGCACAGUCGAGAGAACUAGUCAGAUCUAUCUCCAUCAUAUUCUUCGUCAGCUGCUACGGCGAAAUCUGGGUGUGAAUGCCUUAGAGCUGGCCAGAAGCUGUACAGAGUUGUCCUAUUUUCCUCAUGUGCUGGAGCUGUUGCUGCAUGAGGUUUUAGAGGCAGAGGCCACAUCAAAGGAACCGAUUCCUGACCCAUUGUUGCCACGAGUGGUUGCAUUCAUUCAAGAAUUCCCAGAGUACCUUCAGACCAUAGUCCACUGUGCUCGAAAGACAGAGGUAGCACUAUGGCCUUACCUCUUCUCUACAGUGGGCAACCCUAAAGAUCUGUUUGAGGAGUGUUUAAUCAACAAUAACCUGACUACUGCAGCUACCUACCUCAUUAUUCUUCAGAACCUGGAGAAACCCAUUGUCAGCAGACAGCAUGCAACAUUGCUGCUGGAUUCAGCCCUCAAUAACUGUUGCUGGGAUCUUUGUCGAGAUCUUGUGCGAUUCCUCAAAGCUAUUGAUCCCAGCGAUGUGGACACCCCACAAACAGCCAAUGCUUUUCAUCGGCUGUCAACAUCUGUCUCUUACCCAAACCCAAACUACCCCAGCCCACCGCUGUCUCCUUCAGAUGAUCCCAAUGCAUUUAGCUAUUCUAAUGUCAGCAAUGUAGGCCGCAUGCGGACCUCUAGCAUUGCUUUAGGAGCGGGUGAACAGCAAGGGAGGGAAACACCACGCACCAAAGAAAAGGUGAAACACACCAUGUCUGACUCCCUGAUCAGUGCUGGAAAACGUCUUGUAGACUGCAUUAAGCAGGGAGAGCCCACUGCAGAUCAAGUUUUCAUCGACAUGAUCCUAAACCGACAUGCCCGCAAGCUGCUAGCUGCCAACCAACUCCGAACUCUGGGCUUCUUUGCAGCCAACAUGGAGGACUUUCAUUUUGUUUCCUGGCUUAAGAGAGAAAGAGUGCGGUCAGCCAAAGUGGAGGACUUUGUAAUGGGUCUUUGCGAUCUCCAUCAACAGUUUCAUUGGCCCUUUCCCAUUUUAUCGCCAUCAGCCUUUCACCAGCUUCGACAAAAUCUUGCAGCCUCUUCAUCUAGUCUCAAUUCAACUUCAGUGCUGGACGAGGAUUUUUUGUCCCCCAUGGCAGACACAUCUGAAGAAGAGGCCAACACACUGGCUACUCUGGAAGGUACCCUGCCAUCUCAUCAUGGAACUCUCCUUGCAUCAGUUGGCACAUUAAGGCAUCAGCCGUCAGAGGCCUUGCUAUCUGCGUCAACCAGUGAUGAUAUUUUUCUUAAGCCACAGGUCACAAAAACGGAAGACAGCAGCAUUGCAACAUUGGAAGUGUCUGAUAGCAGCUCGCUGCUAGGAGAUUAUGAGCUUAUCAAUGACAUGGUUUUAGGCAAUGACCUUCAGAUCACACAUGACCUGGAACAGAUGUCCCAGGAAGUGGCCAAUAAGGGCCCUCAGCAUCAGAACUGGAACUUACGUGAUUACCUGCUACAGAUAAUGUUGGAGGCAGGUUGUCUGGAAUGGGCACUCAUCAUUGCUGUAGUGCUGAGGGACUCGCUAGCCGUGGUACGGACUGUCAACACUGCCAGCAUGACAGACACUCCAUUGGAUAUGGUGGCUCGUAUGCGAGAGGGUCUGUCAUAUCUUGAGCUAUGGGCUGAUACAGAGUGCAUGGGAUAUAAACCAUUUUUGAGGACUAUAAAAGGACAAAGAGCUGCAUUGGCAAAGCUGGUAGAGCAGACUCCCCCAUCUCUGCAGCUAGAAGUGAGUGGUUCAUCCUCCCCAGCCAGCUUCCUUUCUGUGGAAGAAGGGAACCUCUCGCCUACAGUGCAGUCAAUUCACACAGAAUUGGACUCAGCAACGAUGGAUAGCGUAGAGUCCAUGAAAGACGAUAAAGCCACUGACUGUACUUUAUCAUGAUUAAUGUAAAUUGUGUGAGUGAUAAGAGUUAUAGGAUGGCAUGUGUAUCAGUCUGGGUGCAAAGCAGACCAAAAAUACUGCAAACUGAACCUGUUCGCCAUGUCACGGCACAAACAAAAACAUGUUCAUUGCGUCACGGGUAGUCAUCUCUGCUCCACUUACGCGUUUUAAACAGUGGGAUAAAAGGUCAUGUUGGAUACCUUGUGAAGAGUGGAUCCUAAUCUUCUUUUUGAUGAACUGGUUAUUGACCUGUUGAGGGGCCAGCCUGCUGUGUAGGACUACAUGUGAUGUGCUCCUUCCAAUCCUGUACUGCAAGGCUGUGCAAGAAAUAAUGGCAUCACCUUCUUCAGGGAAUAUAGCUCAUCAGCAUUUUUUAAAAAGUCAGUUGCAAGGCUAGAACUGAAAAAAUGAAGUUGGAAACAGAUUUUAUGUAGAGCAUGGUGAGACAGAGAAGGCAAGAGAAUGAACUGUGUCCUCCAGAAGUAGAAUGCAUAUGGAGGUCAAUGUGAAGAACUAUAGACAAAGUGAUUUAGGUAAAUGACCAGAUUCUUUGACAUUUGACAGCACUAGGAGGAGGAUGGUUUCCUACACCUGGUGUUGCGCAAGCCAAAAUGAUCCCAUGGCAGUCCAAGGCCAGACUUCAUGCCGGCCCUUAUGCUGGGAGUGGAAAGUUAAAAGUAUGCAGAUCUCCCUUGCCUUCUGGCAUAGACUUCAUAUCACUUGCUGGUCAGUGGUCAGAAGUCAGCAAAUUAUCUCUAGUCAAUAGAUAUCGACUCUACAAGCAUCACCUUAAUCAAAGAAAGGUGCUGUGAACAGUUAAUAAUAACAUUCAGUUCUGUUCUUUGCAUGCAUCUUGUGCAUACAAGAUUUUUUUUUUUUAAUGAAAAACAAAACUUUCCACUUUGAAAACUCAUCAUGUUUAUUUUCUUGUACCUGCGUUGAAUUCAGAGGAUUAUAGACAUAAUUUGUUCAGCUGGGAUCUCACGGGGCCAUAUUUACUGUCAAAUCUGAGUGCAACAGAUCUUAUCUGAACAUUAUACGGAGUGCUGAUAAGAAAACUGUUUUGCACUGAAAUCGUUAUAUUGAUUUCACCAUGCACAUGCACAUACCUAUACCUUUCUGAGGACUGUACGAUGCACGUUUAGAGGUUUGAACAAACAUAGGUGUCCAGGUCUGUCCAGGAUCUCUUGACUUGGCAUCCCAUGUUAUAUGCACAUAUUAGUGCACAUAUAGUUCUGUGAAUGACAAUGAUAUAGACAAUAUCAGCAGUUUUUAUUGUUUUAAAGCAGCAAAAGUAAAACUUUUAAGCAGCCCAGAAAUUAAUUUACCAGAUAUCAAAAUAGUAUUUUUGUCUGAAAACAGUAGGAUUCACUUAAUUGUUCUAAGUUAAAUGUGUACAUAAAAAUAAAAUUUUAGCUUUAAGUUUGGGAAAGAAUUGCAAUAGCAGUGGACAUACUGAGUGCAUGAAACAGAGAGAUGUGCAUAAUAUCUUACUGUAAAUGAUAUACACUCACUGAUCUUCCAGAAAGACAGAAUUAUGUGAGUAGGUUUGCUUGACUUUUGUUUUCCAUUUCACCACACAUCAUAUUUGAAGACUGUAACUGCGCAACUGUUGACGGUAGGCAGGAUUUUUUUUUUUUACUUUUAGAAAGUGCUUGUGUCCUGUUUAUUUAUUUGUAUGAAAAAUAAAACAUGUCAGGCAAAGAUUUAGAAACUCAGGAGUAAAAAAUAAUAUGUUUUUGGGCUUCACUGAUCAGGCUUUUCGAUCAUCAAUAUUUUUUCAAGAGUAUGCCCUGAUCUGAUCAGCUUUAACUGUUUUUGACAGACAUAAACAGUUUACCAUAUAUUUAUUUUAAUGUAAGUUCUGUAAACAAUAAUAGGUAAUGUUCAUGAUACAGGUUAGGAGCAGUCAGCAAUCAUUUUAAAUGAUAUAAUUAGCUCUAUACAGUUUUGAAAAUGAAGUGAUUUUUAAAAUAUAUUUAACAGCUUUACAAGUUUGCUACUCACUGCUUUUGAUUGUGAUAAUAUGGAUCUGGAAUCAUGUUGGAUGAACUAUCUUUCUUCCUUUUCCAUCUUCCUCCAGUUAGUCCAACCACAGAAACAAAAAGAUUAUUGUGAGAAGCAGUGCACAGCUAAUUAAGUUGCCUCAGCUUCUUGAUGUUCUUCCUUGUCCCGCUUUCUCUUGUGUUUUGUUUGGCCUGGAUUUUUCUCAUAUUUCCCUGUCUACAAAUCAAUGAUAGCCAAAGGUGCAAUCAUUAAAACUUGAUACAGAUAAAGAGCAAUAUUUUGUUCUGUUAACAUUGUGAUAGUAUUUCAGGACAGGGUUUGAACUGCACAAAUAUACGUUCAUUUGCUCAAAAGAUAAAUAAUUACAUGCACUAUUAAAAAAAGUUUCUUUAUAUUACAGCUUUAGAUAUUUAAAUAAAACAAAGUAGAAGUUUUCAACAAACAUGAAUUUAAACUAUCUUUAUGCUCUUUCCCUCUCAAUUUUUUUCAAUCUGAGAAUUAGACUGUAAAAAUCUAUUUCUGAGACAUGUGUCUAAAUUGACCUACUCAAUGUGAGAAUUUAUGGGUUUCAGUUUAUUUCUUAGGCAUUCAAUUAGAGAUUGAUUUGAAAACAAUAUUUAUUGCAAGGAAAAUUAUUUUGUUUAUUCUUUUAUUAAUUUAAAGCAAUGAAAUAAUUUGUGUUAUGCAGACACAGAUAUAUUUUAUGACAUUUAUUAUGUCAGCAACCACUGAUAUUAUUGAGAAGGAAGGAACCUCUAGAGAUUAGGUAAUCUAGCAGACUUAAGAUGCACUCCAUGUUUGAAUCACUUUGGCAAAGAACAACACAACAGAGUUAUUGCUGUAAUAUGUUAAACUUUUCAAAGGGCAACAACCUGAAAAUCACCACUGCUGAAGGUGCUGCAGGUGAGGCUGUGCAGUUCAUGCUCAUGGCCACUAUGAUGAUUACUUGGUGCUAGUGACACUCAGAGGCACAAUGCAGUGUGCAAUCUUCUGGUUUGCAGAUGAAAUAAUCAUUGAAAGAUUCAACCUAUGGCGUUAUUGGAGAAGGAUUAUAAGUCCUUUGAUAUUAGUGUGGAGACUGCAGGUGAUGCAGAGAAUGUCAUAUAAACAGCCAGUACUUUUUUUCCUUUUAUUUUUUUCACUUAUUGUUAUGGUGCAUGUGCAUUCAGAUGUCUUUGUACAUUGGUGACAGUAAAUUUUUAGGAUUCUUCCAGCUUUAGAUUUUUUGUUGGGCAUCAGGCAUGCUUAAGAGAUGUGUUCAGCAUCCCUAGUAAUGCAGAUAUACACUUUUAUUUGAGGCACAAGGUGUUUAAAAAAAAACCUCCAUUUCAAAGUGCACUAAUUUGGUAUCGGUCUCGUUAACAUGUAUAGUGUGAACCAAAGAUGAUUUAUCUUCUCCUCUUAUUGCAUUGUUCUCUAUUUUCAUUCCCAGGCCAAAUUAGCUUGGGCUUCUAUUGUUCACUGGUAAUAUGAUGGACCAAUGCAAAAAAUUUUAAAAAAAUUACAUGCAAGCUUAGAGAAAUAGCUUAAGUUUCAUGGAAAUCUGAGUUAUCAGGAAAUGGGUGGUGUCACUUGUAAAGUAAGUGGAUUUUUUUUAUCUGACAAACUGAUCUUGACUUGUGUAUGAAAAGUUUGAAGGGUUACUUACAGCCAUUUUUUAGUAAGGUUUAUUUUUUAAAAUAUUUUCCUAUUCCUACACGUGCUUAGAGACACAUGCCACAGGGGUGGAAGCAAUUUCGAGAAAAAACGAGAGCAGAAUGAGAAAAAAAUUUGGUAGUGUGUCCAAGGGAGAAAGUAUUCAUUUUAGUAAUGAAAAUUUCUUUUCUUUGCAUGAAGUGUCUGUACAGCUUCGGCUACAAAGUAGUUUAGAAUGCUGAAGCAUUUGUGAUGAAUGUACACAUUCUUUACGCUAUUCAUCUACUUCCCAGCUGCUUUUUCAAUGCAUGAUUUAAAGAUGUAAAAAAAUAAAAAGCUUUGCCUCUGGACAAGGUCAGGCUAGGAAGAAUCCGCCCGUAGAAUUCUGGGUGCGUAUUUUAUCUUUUAUUUUUUUUUUAUUUGCAAGAGCUAUUUAUGAAAACCAGUUCAUCACACUUCUCUUCUGGAGUGAAAGAUGCUUGCUAGUCGGUAUUUUCAGUGGGAGCUGUUAUUGACUGCAUGAACUGAUUCAGAUGUGUCUGCUUAGGACUUUAGCUCUUUCAUUUUAUGAAGGCCAGUUGUAUUGUUUUUGGAUGGUGCUUUUUGGAAGGGUCAGUUAUUGCAGACAGCAAGAAAAAUAAACAUUAUCAUGAAGAGAUAAAACUCAUUGGCAAAAGAUCACAGUCUAAAGUGAAGGGCUGUAUUUAAAAUUUCUUAUGACAUUUUCUGCGACUGUUUGUCUCUUUCUGAGUUUCUUUCCAGGAUUGACAACUUGAUUUUUACCCUGCUUUUGAAAAUUUAAAGACAUGGAAGAGGGAGUGGUGUGAAAGAGAGAGAGAGAAUGUGUUUGCAUGUGUAUGCAUGCUGUUUGAAAGAACUUCUUAAACACUAAAUGACUAGAAAAAAAUUGUUCUAAAAAAUGAGAUGUAUGCUCACAUACAUGCAGGAGACUGAGAUGAGACUUAAGGUUGUCUCCAUGACAACAACAGACUAGAGGUUCAAGUUGUAUAUCCCACUGCUGAAAUGCUUCUGUGGACUAUGGAAUUGUGGUGGAUAGAAAGUUGUAGAAUAUUGUUCAUUGAUGUGUGUGAGAGAGAACUGCUUGAAAAGUGUGGGAACAGUAAUAUUUUGAUUAGGUUUUUUUUCUGCUUGAAAUCUAUUUUGUGCUUUGUCUUGUCAACAUGAUGUUUUGUUUGCGAAAAAUUCUGUGAUCAUUAACAUCUGUAGUAUUUUCUUACUUUAUGUAGAAAUGAUGGACAAAACUUUUAUCUUGGCUGUGAAAUGGUGGAGCGAUAGUCAUAAGAUAUUAGUGAUCACCAGAGGAAGAAGGCACUGCUGAACUCAUGGUCUGGGUAUCAUCUCAAAUACUUAAAGAUUUUCUUGAAUGUUCCUAAUUAUCAUACCAUGUCAUUGACAGUCAUUUGGUUCUUUACUGUAUCAAAGGCUAUAAACUGGACCACAAGUUCUGGCUUCACAGGUUUAUCGUGUUAUUUUUUUAGCAUCUUAUUUUGCUUGUAUAGGAAGAAUAAAUAGGAAUUAUUCUUGUAUAGGAAGAAUAAUUUCCAUUUAUUCUUCUACAGAAUGUGGUUCUAUGUUGCUUUUGUAAAUCCAGAAACAGUGGGUGGAGAUGAAACAGGCUGUAUUUCUUUUUCUCUUUGGUAUUUGCAUGGUAAUGGCUUUGUUCCAGUCUGUGGUGUACAGCUUGUUUCCCAAUCAUAUUUGUCUUACUAUCUCACUUUUUGUUGCUUUUUUUUGACUUUGAGCUUUAUACUGAUUUCACUAUACAGGGAAACACUGUGCUUGUGGGAACUUCUCGGAUCCUUGAGGAGUGAGGUGUUGGAGACCUCUCUUUUCUUGGGGCCAGCUUUACACAAGGGCAGUUCCCAUCUUUCCCUUGCUGCCUUACCUUCCCCAGCCCUCUGUGGAAUCAGGUACCCAUUCCUGCCAGCUGCGUCAACUGGUAUAAGUUUGCUGUGGUACACAUGUAUCAAUCCAGCGCUCCUUUCAGUUCAAAUGCCAGUUCUCUAAGCGCAGACAGGCAUAGGUUCCUGCUCCACUCAGCUAUCAGCUCUACUGUACUUGUAGGUACUUUAAAAUACCACUUGAAUGCCAUAGCAUACCAAUGCUGCAAAGACAGCCUUCAUCUUUCUUUUUCUAUAGGACAAUAAUGAGCUAUAUUACUAGAAAUCUUUGGUGUUUCAUAUCUCAGAAGUUAUUUUUUUAUUUUCCUGAUUUAGAAUUAUAACUUGUUAAACUCCUCAAAGCUACAGAUUCCUUUAUGGCAUAAAACAUCAAUGCUGUUACUGGAUUUUACUGAGCACCAUCGUGUGGAAGUGUUUAUCUCUCUUACCCCACCCCAAUCCCUCAUUUCAAAAGUUUUUGCUUUAUAUCCUGUGAAUCAGUGCUGGAUUACUUGGAGACUGAACAUCAGAUGUUUGAUGAAGAAAACGUAAAACUACAACACUUCUGAUUUCUGUCUCUGGAAUAUGGAGAGCUUCGACCAUUUGCAAAGCCUGAUGAGAUUUUCCUAAUCUCUUGAACGUUUCAAGGUUUGAGCUGUGCUUAGAAUUGUUCCACCAAAAAAAUCUGAAUAAUAACAGUAGUACCACUGACGUUUCUGUCUCAGAGAGCACCAAACCACAUCUACAGUGACUCUACAACUGUUUUUCCCGUUCAUAUUAUGUUUGUGCAUUUUUCUUUUCCUUUUUAAGAUGCACUUUGAGCCUGCCUAUAAUGGAGGAGGAAAAAAGUGCUAUACAAAUUCAACAUAUUAUUAAAGUGAUGGGAAUUAGUAAUGCUAAAAUGGUUUGAGAAUUUUGUAAUUGGAGCACGAGCAGGACAGAUUUACCAAGCUCUGUAUUUCUCUGUAGUUGUGUUUUUGUUGUUAUAAAACCAACAUAGCAUUUCCCCUCCAUCUUUUUUAAAAUCUCAAUUUAGUUGGGAUUAUUUGCAUUGAUGUAUGGGCCCAGAAUGCUAUUGUGUUUUCACACAUUUAAGUGAGAGUUGACUGAGUUUUGUUUUUUUUUUCCUUGUCUUGCGCUGUGAAUGAAGAACCAUGGGAAAAUUAAGUAUGAACGUUUUAUGCACGUUUCCAGCAACUGCUGGCAGCAAGGUCAUGACUUGUUAGUGUUUUGACACAUUAACCAAGCUUGUAGGAAUUAAACAGUAUUCUAUUGUCAUAAAAUGAAAUCACUAGGGUCUUUCUGUAGAUCAUGGGCGUGUGGGUAAGAAGCGGUACAAACAUUUACAUUUACCGCUUCACAUAUUGUGUUGAUUAUUGUACAACUGUAUACUGUUUUUGUGUUUUUCUUAUGUGUAAAUAUGGAUGUAAAUAAGAUUAAAAUAUUUUAUAACCGCA